AUGGAUCUUGAGGAGUGCAAGAAAGCGAAGGCCAAGGCCAAGUUCCAUGUGACACGAAAUCGAAACUUGUUGCUCAGCAGGAUCUACGAAGAGGAUGCGACCUCGAAAGAGAUCAAGAGGUUGUUGGAUGACGUGACUGAGAGUGUUCACAACGCUGUGGAUGUGUGUCUAAAACUGGUAACUCGGUACGCAGAAUUAGGACUACCCACAGAAAAAGUGCACGAGGAGAUAGAGGUCAUCAACGUCGACUACAGCGAUGCUGUCAGCAAGACCAGCGACGUGCUGGCAGAAAUCAGCAAGAGGCCAAGUCGAGCCAGAACGGGUGAAAGUUCGCCAGCUUCCAUCACCAGAGCCAAGAACAUAAGAUUAGUAAAGGCAAUGUUGACGCAGAGCUUGGAGAAUCCCAGAGCAAGUGGGAGGAUGUUGACACCGCCACACUCUCCUAGCAAGGCCCUUGAGGAAAAACAGAACAUGUGUGCUGAGAAGAGUCUCAGUCGUUUUGGGAAUGUGUCUGCAUCCAGUGUCAGCCAGAGUGCGACUGUUGAGGGGACUACCCAGCCGCCUGCCGUUUCCUCGGGAGCAGCUCUGGGAGCAAAUGCAUCGGCACUCCCCCUGGGAACUCCAAGUGGUGACCAUCGUGAUAGACAAGACGAACCGCCUGGGGCUGACAUGACAAGCGUCAGUGACAGCCAACCAAUUGUGUCGUCGUCAAGUGCAACCAUGGCAACCACUGUGAGUACAGACAAGUCACGCACAAUCAAGGUGUCCUUUCCGGUCUCUUUGUCGUCUGUACCUACGUUACCGUUUACGGCGGAGCUCUUGUCAAAACUUCACCCGGUUGCCAUGGCAACCGCCAAAACCAUGGCAACACCGCUGAACAUUGGUCAUCAGUCUGCAGGGAGUAACCAACCAAGUGGCAUUGCUCAGUCUGGCAUGCAGCAAGCACCGGUAUAUACGUCGGCAGCUUCGGCAAGAAACGUAAUCACUGCCCCUAACCGUAGUUCAAGUGGGGUCAGCGUACCACCCAGAGCAUUGUCGGCCACGACCAUACUCGUGCAGUCAGCCCAGACGCAACCAACUCCUGCAGUGCAGCCUCCUCGUGGGACGCAACCAACUCCAGCUGUGCAGCCUCGUGCAGUUGCAAGUCAUACUCUCUCGGCUUCUACACCUGCAUUUGUGCCGGGAUCAGGAAAUUUGUACGUUCCACCGCCGACCCAUUCUGGACAUCCAUUCUCAUUUGGAACACCACCGGGUUUCUUGUCGGCACCCGACUUCCCGACGCACGUCUUGCCGAAUCAGUCUGGAAUAAUGUCUACCCCACCAGCGACCCAACCGGUCAUGCAACAAAUACCAGUUGGUCAGCCAGGUCACGCGUCACACCGUGAAGAUUAUGGUCUUGUGCAGCCGAGCAGUCUUCCAGUUGCCAUGACAUCGCCGAGUGGUCUACCAGUGCAAGCGAGUAGUUCUGGUAGAAUCGAAUUGUACCGACAUUUAGAGAAAGUGUCAAUUCCAACGUUCAAGGGCGACAAGCGGCAAUAUGAGACGUGA